CUCGUCGGGCAUUCAUUAGCCCCCGCGUCCAAACAGCCCCGUCUCUCUCGUCCCUUCCAACGGCUAUGCCGAGAAUAAGAAGGCCUCGCCAUUUUCCCUCAAUUUCUUCUCCAGCUUUCCCGAGAAAGUCGCGCCGGGAAAAAGAGAGGGAAAACAGAGAGAUGUCCGCAGCGCGAUUCCUCCUCUUCGCCGCCCUCGCCUCGUCUCUCCUCUUCCCGGUCGCCGUCUCCGACUCGCCGGACUCCGCCGCGCUGCUGGCCUUCAAGUCAUGGGCGGACGCCUCCGGCUCGCUCGCCGGCUGGGCCAACUCGUCGGACCCCUGCGGCGGCUCGUGGCUCGGCGUCACCUGCAACGCGCGGACCCGCCGCGUCACCAAGCUCGUCCUCGAGAACCUCAACUUGAGCGGCUACGUCGAGCCGCUGGCUCGGCUGGCCGAGCUGCGAGUCCUGAGCCUGAAGCGCAACCGGUUCGCGGCGUCCUUCUCCGUCGACCUCUCCUCGUGGCCGAACCUUAAGCAGCUCCACCUCUCGUACAACGGCUUCUCCGGCGACUUCCCCGCCGGGGUGCCGAACCUCCGGCGGCUACGGCGGCUCGACCUCUCGCACAACAACUUCACCGGCGUGAUCCCGCUGGCCGAGCUGGCCCGGCUGCCGCGCUUGCUGACUCUCCGGCUCGAGGCGAACUCGUUCACCGGAACUCUCGGCGCGGCUGUGGACUCGUUCCCGUCGCUUUCGGACGCCAACUUCUCGGACAACGAGCUCGCGGGGCGAAUUCCGACGUCCCUGUGGCGCUUCCCGGCGACGGCCUUCUCCGGAAACAAAGGACUCUGCGGGAAGCCGUUGCCGUCCGUUUGCUCCAACCACACGGCGGCGAUCGACACCGUUCAGCCCGAGGCGAUCGCUCCGAAGCAGAAGCGUCUCGACCAUCGCACGGUGCUGUCGAUCGUCGCCGUCGACGCGGUCGCAGUAUCGGCGGCGCUCGCGACCGUCACGUGGUGCUGUUACAGGAAGAGAAGCCGCCGCGUCCGCAGCGAAAGCCCCUGCGAGGUCAAGACCGGAGCUCAGAAGCAGACGUACGGAAUCCACGGAGGCGGCGUCGGCGGCGGGGACGGGGGCGAGCUGGUGGUUUUCGACGGGUGCAGGGGGUUCGACAGGGUGGACGACCUGCUGCGGUCGUCGGCGGAGCUGCUGGGGAAGGGGGGCGUGGGGACCACGUACAAGGUGGUGGUGGCCGACGGCGGCACGGUGGUGGUGAAGAGGGUGAGGGAGGUGCUGCGGCGGAGGAGGAAGGACGUCGACGCGAGGCUGAAGGAGAUUGGGGGUCUGAGGCACCCCAACGUGGUGAGCUUGAGGGCUUUCUAUCAUUCCCAGGAUGAAUUGCUCUUGGUCUAUGACUAUCUGCCCAGAGGAAGCAUGCACUCUCUGCUUCAUGAAAAUAGAGGACCAGGGAGGACUCCAUUGGAUUGGACCGCCAGGAUAAAGCUAGCUGCAGGUGCCGCGAGUGGCCUAGCUUACCUUCACGAGUAUAGCAAUGCGAAGCUCGUCCAUGGACAUGUCACGUCAUCGAACAUCAUAGUCGAUGAUUCAGGGAGUGCCUGUAUUUCCAACAUCGGUCUCCACCAACUGUUGCCUUCGCCAUUGCCAUCAGACAACACCUAUACGGCUCCGGAGCUGAUUCUCCACAACAAUCAUGGAAGCACACAGAGGAAAUAUACACAAAAGUGCGACGUCUACAGCUUUGGCGUUGUCGUCCUUGAAAUUCUGACAGGGAAAAUGGCGACCGGAGAGGGAGAGACGAGUUUGGUGAAGUGGGUUCAGCGCGUGCCCCAAGAAGAGUGGAAGAGGGAGGUGUUCGAUUUCGAAUUGAUGGGUUACAAGGAAAUGGAAGAAGACAUGACGGCUCUUCUGCAAGUGGCUUUGCUCUGUUUGGCUACGUUGCCGAGGGAUCGUCCCAAAAUGAGCGUGGUUCACAAUAUGAUUGAAGAUAUCAGGAACAAGGGCGCAGGAGAAGACCCGACGAAUUGUUCAGUGAAUAAUCUGUCUUCUGAUUCUUCGCCUUCUCGGUCUGAAAGCACUUCAACUGCGUUAGCAGCUGAUCUAUAAAGUGAUGAGUGCCGGCAAAAUACAUCUUGUUUAAUCUCGACAGGAGGGCAGGGGAAGCAGGAUCUGCGAUUAUUUCCACCCUCCAGUAAACGAUAAUGAAAACCAGAGCUCCUCUCUUUCAGAGUUACAGGGUACGUACUCUACCAGUGUGUAGCCGAUUAGUAAUAUACAUGCCUAUUUGAUUAUAUUCUUUGUUCUAAUUUGAGCAGUUAAUUAUCAUGUUCUGGUUAUGUUGAUGCCGUCGCGAGAGAUUAAUUACCUGUAAUGCUGAGCUUCCGUUCUCUCCGACCCUUUGCUUUUCUGUCCUGUCAUGAUAUAACAGAGUAUAAUCAUACAAUCCUGCAUCUUUUUUCCUA